AUGCUCGUGGAUGCAUUCACGACCCACUCCACGAAGAGCCAGGGUACCGUCAUCCUGCUUCAUCUCCGGCGCUCGACGUCGUUCUUCGGCGAAACGACGGACUACGAUGGCAAUCUGGUGGAGGGGCUCAUGAACUUGUGCAUGGAACGUCGCGAGACUGGGAAGAAACCGGUGAUGCUGUGCGUUGUGACGCGGGAAACCAUCUUGCAAUCACAGGCCUUCUUUCUGAACUCGCGGAAUUUGAACGGCGAAGUGCAGGCAAGCAAUCUGUCCCGGGACAUGACGGAGAAAUAUGUUAUGCACAUCACCGGAGCAGCUGCCGGCGUGGCACCCGACUUGCUUCAGUACGUGUUUGAAAGCUCCGGCGGAAAUCCGUUCGGCGUGGAGGUGGUCCUCCAAGAACUGCGACAGGGCGGAGCUGUGCAGGUUUCCGAAGAGGGAUUCCUAGAGCUCUCCGAUGGCGAUGAGGCGAACCUGUCACAGCUGGCAUAUCCAGAGUCGUUGAUUGGCAUUGCUCUGGCCUCCUGGGAGAAACUGCUUCCUCACCAACAGGACUUGGUGAAAAAUGUGGCCAUGUGUAGCCAAGAGGCAGACUGCGAAGUGUUGAACAUCCUGGACCUGGCAGAGAGCUUCGGCAGCUCAUCAUUGGACUGCGUUCACCAUGCUUGCAUAGAAUGCGAUAUGCAGUUUCACGAAGAUUCAUGUACUGUUGUUCUUGAGACCACUUCCAAGUGA